UUUGCUUGAUGACAUAAACUGUAAUUAUAUCCAAUAUAUAAAAAGUAUUUGACAUAAAUAUUUACUUAUUCCAUCUCAUCCUUUUUAGUAAUGAAUACAGUGUUGAUAAGUUCCCAGUUUAAUGAUGUGUUCCUUGCAAUUGUGUGUAUUUCUUUGACUUAACACUUUAAUCAGAAUUAUUUGAAAGCCUCCUCCCCACUUUCUCUGGUGUAAGAACAGCCCUCCAAACUCAGCCUCACAAGUGGGCUGGACAGCCAGCUUUUCCUACAAUGCCUGUCUUAGUUGUCACCCCUCCCUCUCCCCAGCUCUUUUAUUGCUCUUUCCAAGGAAGAUCUUUUCUUGUUUUUUGAUUGUUGUUUGCUUAUGUUUUACUUUUCUUUUUUGGGACUGGAUCUUACUUUGUAGUCUGUAGGCUGACCUCAAACUCAUGACUCCCCAGCCUCAACUUUCUGAGUGCUAAGUUUACAAGUGUGUACCACUUUGCUCAGCUAAGGAGAUCUCACCUUUGUGUAUGUGUGUUUGUGUUUAAGACAGUCUUUCAUUGAACAUGGAGCUUGCCAUUUUGGCUAGGCUGGUCAGCCAGUGGGUCCUGGGAAUAUUUCUGUUUGUGUUUUCCCAGUGCUGUGGCUAUAGGCACAUGUUCCAUUCCCAGCUUUUAAGUUGGUACUGGGAUCUGAACUCAGGUCUUUUCGUUGUAUAGCAAGUACAUUACCCACUGAGCCAUUUCCCCAGCCCCGUGACAUCGUCACACAUUGUUCAUCCUCUGAAGCAUUUGCAGACAGUGAAAAAUGCAGUGACCAAGUGGGAGCUGGAGGGGUGGGUGACUAUUGCUUGGUUCUCUUCUGGAGAAUUGGAAUUCUCAGACCCUUUGCAGUCUACCACGGGCACUGUUGCUCCUGCAUAUAUGUAGACACGGACCGAAACAUGGAUUGUUUUGAUUUUCCAAAUAGUUCUUUCCAAAUCUCUACAGUAAUGACUGGUAUUUGUUGUUGUUUUAUUUUUAAUGAGAUGGUGUCUUACGUGUCCAGGCUUAUCUCCAACUUGGUGUGUUCUAUAGAUUGUUUUGAACUUCUGAUCCUUCUCUAUCUCCCAAGUGCUGGGAUUACAGGUGAGUGCCACCAUGUUCUGUAUAUGUGGUGCCACAGAUUGAAUCUAUGGCUUCACACAUGCUCAGCAAGUGGUCUAGCAGUGGAGCCCCACCCCAUUCCAUUAAGAUAUCUAUUGUAAAUGAGGCACAAAAGUAACAUUAGGGUGUGAAGUAAUUUUAAGAGUUACAGUUCUGUCAGCCUCAUAUUUAUUUUUAAGUCAGGUCUUCUUAUGUAGCUUCAACUAGAAAUCCUCCUUCCUCAGCCUCCGAAGUUUCCACAGCACCUGGCUUUUGAUUUUUCUUAAUUAGAUAGCCUACUUGAUUUGACAGGUUUUUGUUUGAUUAGUUUUGUAAUUGUAGAAUGUGAAGGGUAAUUAAGGAAUUAAAAUAAUUUGACCUCUAAGUUCAUUUGGCUGCUUGACAUUUCACAAUAAGCCUUGAUAACGUUUGAUGCUACCCCACAGAAGCAAAGUGAGUCAGUUCACAUGCACCUGCACCCCACAGCAGCCCUUCGUUUCCUUGGAGUCAGAUGUGAAGUUGUUUUCCCUUCAUGGCUCAUCCUAAGAAAGAAGUCAAGUUUUCAUGAAUAAGCAGUUUUGUUUCUUUAUGUUCUGCUUUUCACUGGUCUGUCUAGUCCUGAACCUUUGCUUACAGAGGUGUGUCUUAGAGAUCUGAGAGCUCAAGGCCAGCCUGACCUAGUGGUGAGUUCUAGACCAGCUAGACAACUACACAGACCCUUUCUCUAAACAAACAAACAACUAAGUAAACAAACAAACCAUCUUUAAAAAGAAAAAAAAAAGAACUGCUGAGUGUGAUGCCUACGCCUCCACUCCCAGCACUCUAGAGGCCAAAGGGUCAGGAGUUUCAGGCAGCUGGACUACAGAGUGAGCCUGAGCCACAUAGUUAAGUCUGUCUCAGUCUAGAGCUUCUAUAUCCCCAGCCCCCUGUAGUGAGAUUUAAAAUUUUCUGCCUUUAUUUAUUUUUUACUUUAUUUUUUUCCAAGAAAAAGACUAUGUUCUAAUUUUAUAGUUUUUAAAUUUUGUUCUCUAAAUAUUUGAAACAUACCCACUAAAACAAAUUCUUCUGUAAGAGGAACCAGCGUCCUUUAGGAAAAUGGCUGAUUCUAGGAUUGCGGCAAACAAGAAAGAAGCAAAGGAAUAAACCCUACAAAGAUGGGACUAUGUCAGAAGAGUAUAGGGACCAAAUGGAAGAGCUCCCAGUGGCCAAAAUGAAAUCAUUUGAGCAACAAAGUCAUGUGAAGUCAUAUUAGAUAUAACUCUAAGUGUAAAAGAAAUGUCCACGGCUCAAUACUGGUAUAAGUAUGUGACUAAAUAGAAUGAAAACAGGGAAAGACCACUCUCUUCUUGUACAGAAGGAUUCCAAAUAAUUGGUCAGUGCUGCAGAUGGAGCUUAGUGGAGAGUGCCGGCCUUGCAUACCUUUCAAAUGACACUUUCAAAGGACAGUGUUACGGUCACAGUGUGGCCACACCAUCUCCUUUGUUGUGCGUGGCUUUCCGGGGAUUGAACACAGGAUCAUAUGUAAAUAGGUUAAGUCAUUAAAUGAAGACAUCAUAUUUUGAAAUAUGAUUAAUCUCCUGAUGCAGUAUCAGAGGCUAACAAUAUUAAUGGCCAAAUCUAGUGCUCACAUGGUCUUCUGAAGAAGCCAUGGGUAGCUGUUGUAGCUGUCCAGAUAAAGACACUGUCCCAGAUAACCAUCGGAACAAGUUUAAGGUCAUUAAUGUGGAUGAUGAUGGGAAUGAGCUAGGCUCUGGCAUAAUGGAGCUUACAGACACAGAACUGAUUCUAUACACCCGUAAACGUGAUUCAGUAAAAUGGCACUACCUCUGCCUGCGACGAUAUGGCUAUGACUCAAAUCUCUUUUCUUUUGAAAGUGGUCGAAGGUGUCAGACUGGACAAGGAAUCUUUGCCUUUAAGUGUGCACGUGCAGAAGAAUUAUUUAACAUGUUGCAAGAGAUUAUGCAAAAUAAUAGUAUAAAUGUGGUGGAAGAGCCUGUUGUAGAAAGAAAUAAUCAUCAGACAGAAUUGGAAGUCCCUAGAACCCCUCGAACACCCACAACUCCAGGGUUUGCUGCUCAGAACUUACCUAAUGGAUAUCCCCGCUACCCUUCAUUUGGAGAUGCCUCAUCCCACCCCUCCAGCCGGCAUCCUUCUGUGGGAAGUGCUCGCUUACCCUCAGUCGGUGAAGAGUCUACACAUCCUUUGCUCGUGGCUGAGGAACAGGUACAUACUUAUGUUAACACUACAGGCGUGCAAGAAGAGCGAAAAAAUCGUGCAAGUGUGCAUGUCCCCCAGGAGGCGAGAGUUUCUAAUGCAGAAAGCAACACACCAAAAGAAGAACCAAGUAAUACUGAAGACAGGGACCCUCAGGUUCUUCUAAAACCCGAAGGAGUCAAAUUUGUUUUAGGACCAACCCCUGUUCAGAAGCAGCUAAUGGAAAAGGAGAAACUGGAGCAGCUCAGAAGAGACCAAGUUAGUGGAAGUGGUGCGAAUGGCGCGGACUGGGACACUGGCUAUGACAGUGACGAACGGAGAGACGUACCCGCUGUUAACAAACUGGUGUAUGAAAAUAUAAAUGGGCUAUCUAUCCCUAGUGCCUCAGGGGUCAGGAGAGGUCGUCUGACAUCUACCAGUACCUCGGAUACUCAGAACAUCAACAAUUCUGCUCAGAGGAGAACUGCAUUGUUAAACUAUGAGAAUUUACCAUCUUUGCCUCCUGUUUGGGAAGCCCGCAAGCUGAGUAGGGAUGAAGAUGACAAUUUAGGACCAAAGACCCCAUCUCUAAAUGGCUACCAUAAUAAUCUAGAUCCAAUGCAUAACUAUGUUAAUACAGAGAAUGUAACUGUGCCGGCAAGUGCUCACAAAAUAGACUAUUCGAGGCGUCGGGAUUGUACACCGACAGUCUUUAACUUUGACAUCAGGCGCCCCAGCUUAGAACACAGGCAACUCAAUUAUAUACAGGUGGAUUUGGAAGGUGGCAGUGACUCCGACAACCCUCAGACUCCAAAAACCCCUACCACUCCCCUUCCACAAACCCCUACCAGGCGCACAGAGCUGUAUGCUGUCAUAGACAUUGAGAGAACUGCUGCUAUGUCCAACUUGCAGAAAGCACUGCCACGUGACGAUGGUACAUCUAGGAAAACUAGACAUAAUAGUACUGACCUGCCCAUGUGAGCCUGGAAAGCAUUACGUCGUUUGCACCUUCGUGAAGUUCUUAAAAAUGAAGAUGCAAUGCUUCAUUUUCAUUUCUACACUAACUCCUUUUAUAGACUGAUGAAUUUUUUUUCUGAAUAUUUCAUGUGCAUCUUUAAAGGGAAUUAAUGUAGAGCAGGUACUCCUUACAGAACACUAAUUUCAUUAUAUAUUCUACUCAUUAUUGUACAGCAGCAUUCCCAUUUUCACAGUGCCUAUUUAAAAUGAGAUUUGAAGUGAAUGACAUGCUGGUUGAUUUUUAUUCCAUAUCCAGGACAUAUGUAUAUCUUUCACGUCUAAGUUGUGUUGGCAUUUAAACCUUUGAUAAAGUCUCUUGAUAACGUGCAUUGCUAACAUAGCUCUAGGCUUUGAAGGUAGGACUUGUAGAAUCACUGCUCACAGUGUAUGGUCUACAGCAUGGAACAUGAGGAAUCUUAUUUCAUUAAUUAAAGGCUUUUUGACUUGGGCCAAAAAAAAAAAAAAAAAAGAAGAAGAAGACGACGACGAAGAAGAAGCAAAAGAACCACACCUCCUUUUGUACCAGUCAGCUCCUCUGUCUUCAGUGUUACUAGAAAGAGUGCGGUAUCAUGAAUAUAGUUGCAUUUUGGAAGGCAGACAGGAGACAAAGUUUUGUUUACUCAUCUCAUGGUGUCGUUUGAAGGGCAUGUCCAGAUAUCUUACUCAGAAUUACUAUAGGGUUAGGAGUCAGUCUCAGGUCACUUUAUCCAAAAACAUUUUAAAAAUCCACACCAUGAUCUCUUGGCGUUUCUUUUCUGUAGAUCGACAGCACAUUGCUUUCUGGAGACAUGUGCCAUUAAGUUCCCAUUCAGCUUCAGCUUUUCCCCUUUGGUAUUUGGGUUGUCUUACUUUGUUUUGUAAUGUCUUUCUCAAUUUACAAUACAAUGUUUGAGUUUGUAUAUCAUCUUGGAAUGGGAUUGUGUGUUUAUUGUUACUUGGUUUGCCUUUUUGUCAAUUUAUGGUCUUGAAAGUCCAUUUGGAACUGACUGUUAUUUUCUAACAGGGUUGCCCUUGUCCAGUAUUUAUUUUUAUCUGCUGUUUACUUUUCAAGUUAAUGAAAAAAGCAUUGUCUCGAUUUUAAAUUUCAUUUGUGUCCAUAGGUGAUCUCUUUACUAGCUGAGAAAAGAAGGAAGAUACUCUAAACAUGUGAGUUCCCAUGGUCCUGUCCUCCCUGUGGGCACACUCCCCAGCACUUUAGUGGGGAUUGCUCAGCUACAUGGCUGCAGUCCCACUCUGCCCACUCUGCUGCUCCUGGGCUCUGCUGUCCUUCCCGUGGAGCUAGGCUCUUAUUAUCCCCUGAUUUUGGUGAGCUUUUAAUAUUGUUGCCAGCAUAGCGAGUACAGGGAAGUCUUGAGGAUCUGAAAUGAAUAAAUAUUUAUAUAAACUGGUGAGAGUCCAGAUGUUGGACUCUUAGAAAUCAAGAAUGCUCCAGAUUCCUAAACCAUUGUAGAAUAAAGACAAGAGUGGAAGGACAGGUAGCCUUACAAAAUAUUUUACGUUUUUCUCUAAUGUUGAAGAAGUUUCAUAUAGUGAUAUGGCUAUAUCAGGUGUGGCUAAAGUUGAUUUAACAAGAACAGGUCUCAGUCCUAGAACAUUCUGUGUAUUCAGGAACUCAUCAUAAAACCAUAACUAGAUUAGCAGAACAGUAGAGUGGGACCAUUUUGAAAAUAAAUUAUUUCAGUUGUCUUUAUCGGUUUUAGUGCCGUUGGUUUAUAGCAGAAUUUUUUUCCUGCUUUUUUCCUCUGUAAACUUGGUGCUUACUAAAAUGUUCACUGUUCUCCCUAAGAGAGCAACGACCAGACGUGCAGAUUCCAUGCUUAAUAUCCGCUUCUGUUUAUCCUUUCUUCUGAGUAGACUGCUAAUUGUGCCAAAUUUCAGUGGUGGUUUUUUGAACAUAGGGUAAGAACUCUGAUAGCAGCAGUGUACACGAUUUCCUGAGGGCGAGCAUCAGGACAGCCUAGCUGACUGGCGUGAGGGGCUGAUCGCUCUGGAGGCUGGGUGCUCUGUGCUUCCUUUGUGCUCUCCACUUUCUCUUCAGAUUUGAGUUAGAUUCAUUUUAUUUUAUUUUAUUUUUGGUGACUCUAAUAUAAUCACUACAGUGUAUGCUUUAAAUAGUGUAUGGUUUAAGAAUAAAAACGGAACCAAUCUGUCUGCUAACCAUUUGAUUUUAGGGGACUAUAUGAAUAUUAAUUAGGAAGAGGUAAACAGGUGAUGUUAACUUCUAGAUGUCUUCUGGAAACUGCCUUUGUUUCUAUUUAAUCAGUCAUUUAGAAUACCUGUUCUUUACAGUAGUCUCAUAAUGGGCAUUAAGCUCUGUCUUGGAAGAAUGUACCUAUUACUAUUUGGUGAAUUUCAGAGUGAGAUAUUUUAUUGGCACAUAUUUGUGGCCAUAUGUCUCAAAUUUUCUGAGACAAACUUAAUUUUAGGUAAUUGGUUUUAUUGAUUAGACCAUGUGACACUACUUUUUGGUUUUGAAAAUAUAAUCCUUGUUCCUCCCCCCCACCCAAAUAAAAUCCUUUUUUUAUCCAUACAGUUUUUCGAGACCAGGGGUGAAAAGUGGUAUAGGUAUUACUAGUGUUUUUCUCAAUGGCUUGCUUCUCAGUUUCAUCUUCCUUUGAAAAAAAUGAAAAUAUGGUGCCUUCCCUCCUUCCAAGAAGAUUGGCAAAUAGUUCCUUUUGUUCCUGCUGCUGUGGAGUGAUGAGACAUGCACUUUACUCUCGAAGACUCAGCAAAAAGCUUUCACUUCUCAGUAUAUCCAGAAAAGAUCACAUUCGGGACUUAAACUUUGCCAAGCAAUCUUUUGUCAUUACAGUUAUUAAUGUUGACCCCCCCCCACAAUGUCAUAAGUCAAAAUUGGUGUUUGUUAUUCUCCCCCACUGCUCCCACCCCAGAUCUGUGGCACAGCAUAUAAAAAUGUACCUCAAUAAUGUUCUAUUAAAAAUGGGACAGGGGCCUUAUGUUUUCAUAAUUUUUCCAACAACGUGCCACCAUGUAUUUGCCUCAAGGUAAAGGUUUUAACAAGCUAACAAGUACAUCCCAGUUUCCCCUGUGCUGUUUUCUACCCAAAAUGCCCCAGUGUUCUGUGCAAUGUGUAGUGUGUAUGUAUAAAUAUAUAUAUAUAUAUAUUCUUGAAAUAGACAUAACAUCAGAGACACUCAGAAGUAAUGUGUUGGCAUCUCAUUCAUUUCUGAUGUGAAGUACAUGGUACUAUUUACUUUUCCUUAAUGUUUGCCAAAUUUGAGUCAAGGCAUUGGUACGAAAUUACAGAAUAUAUAGGAAACAUUUUGGCUUGAAAAGUUAACAAAUGAAAGUAUUCAGACCUAUCACAAUGUACUCUGCCCAGACCAGCACCCUGUCUUCUUGCUGCCUGUUCCCCAUUCCUGCUUCCUCGUUUUUCAGGGUGUAACACAAUUCUUUUAUAGCAUCCUGUAGUUGUAAUUCUCUGGCAGUUGGACAAGACGGCAUGGAAACAGGCUGGUAUCACUAGUACAGCGUCACCAGGUGCCACGUUUGCAUUAGUAAGUGCAAAGUAGAUGUUUAUAAAGGACAAGCUUCGUGUUAUGUUUCUAUUUUCAUUACAUUGUAUAAUACUGUAAGAUUAUUGUAUGUCCUAAUUUGCAUUAUAAAUGUUUUUUCCUACAUAAAGGCAUAAAUAAUAGCAACUUUGUAUAAAGGUAGCUUAUUAGAUUUUAAUUUUUCUCUUAUAAAAGUUGUCUACAGUGGGACUACCAUUGCCAAAUUGUAUGUGAGAUAUGAAUUUUAUCCCUAUGGUUAAUUUCUAAACAUUCCAUGUUUCUCUAAUGAAAGACAUGAUACUGUACUAUGCAUAAAUUGUGUUUUAAUGCUGUUUCAUUAUCAGCAUUUUAAUUUUGGGUUUGCAUUUUUAGUAUUGGCAAAACUUAACCACUGUCCAUGAAAACCCUGUUGUAUGUGUAACAGCAUCAUUUGCCCUCUGCCCUUCUUGCCCUUUGUUCUUUCCUCUCCUGUCAGUGCCAAUUCAUACAUUUUGUAGCAUGGCAAUAAAAUAUAACUUUUACACUGAGGCCAAGUGUGGCUUUUUGGAGGCAGUGGGGUGGGAGGACUGCCGCCUAGUUGUCUUGGUAUGUAACUCUUUUUGCCAUAUAAGCCAUGUUGUCAGGCAUAAGAGGUUAUAUAUGAUGUAAACAUGCUCUUAAGGACAAGUGUGGAUGUGCUUUAAAACUUUGUUUUUAAUGUAAGAAGUAAUAACUAAUUUUUAAUCUUUGGAAAAGUCAGAGUUCUUGAAGUACAAUCAAACCUUUAUUAACUGGAGUACUUAAAAAUAAGCUAAUAAUAGAAUUUUGUUAAACAAGGGCUAAGCAACACUUUUAAAAAGUUCUUAUUUAUUGUUGAGUAUUAGUAUAUCUUACUAUCCUAAAAUUAUAAUGUGUAAAAUAUGGUUUGAUCUUAGACAAUGUAGCAUCUUGCAAUGCCUUACUGUUAUCAUUCUGGCAUAAAUAUCCGUGAUGAGGUACUCAAGUUGAUACUGGAAGCCGAGCUGACUAUACACUGACCUUAAGCAUUCAUGAAAAACUGCUUUGUUAAAUAAAAUCUGAUGAGUUCUUAUGGUCACUUUUCCCUUAUUGCCAAAAGUAGAUUGCAAUAAAACCCAAAUAAAAGCUUGGUUGGAUACUUA